GAAGAUAAUUUAUAUCCAUUAUUUUCACAAUUUGGUCCAGUUGCUGAAAUUGUUGUGAUUAGAGACAGAUUUACAUUCAAGUCAAGAGGAUGUGCUUUCGUCUCAUUUCGUAGUAAGCAAGAUGCGGACACAUGCAUUAGAGAACUCAAUCAAAGAUUGAAACUGCCACCUGUAAAUUUGACAAUUGCCUCAAAUUUCCUCUCCUGUCUCAAUAUAGAUAAGUAUGAAAUUGGCGUGCCUCAUCCAGAAAACAAGCUCUUUAUCAGAAAUAUUCCAAAGAAUGUUACUGAAGAUGAGCUCUCAACUCUAUUCGAAAGUUUUGGCGAAAUUCUUGACGUUGUCGUAUUGAGAACGACCAUUCAUACUUCAAAGGGAUGUGGUUUUAUCAAAUUUACCAAUUCAGAAUCAGCUGAUAUGGUCAUU